GAGGGGAGAGGAGUCAAGCUGCAGGGGCAGGGCCGGAGGAGGGGGCCGAGACACGCUCAGGGGCUGGCUGCUGGAGACCCGAAAGCCUGGGCGAAGCCGGAGCGGCUGCCGGGCGGAGCUGACAGCCGACCCCGGGCGGCGCACGCCCCGCCGGAGCCCAGUGCUCCCGGGUCCCCAGCUCCGCACGCCACUCGCGCUCAAGAGAGAGAGGAAGGAAGAAAGAAACAUUGACCUGAGAGAGAACACUGAUCCACCAAUUGGUCACCUCCUGUACGCUGCCCAACCAGAGAUUGAACCCUCAACCAGGCAUUUGACAAUUCCAUGAAAUAAAGUAAUUUGCAGAGAAAACAUGGUGACACCUAGGACCAGGAACACACAAGGUGUCAUGAGUUUGAAGUAGGAGCUGUGCCUUUGCAGUUCCAUUCAUCCUGCAGGCCUGAGCGUGGGCAUGGCACGCCGAGCUGGUGUCAUGUGUAGAAAUUACCUCCAACUCACACUGUGACGUCUGGGGCACUGUAUCACCUGGAUCAGACGAGAGUGGGGAGGGGUUAAGGAGACUAAAGCGGCUGAGCAGGCUGAUGGGCUCAGUUGGUAGGCUGCAUUAUCUCACCAUGACUGCCGAAAACCCGACGCCUGGAGACCUGGCUCUGGCUCCUCUUGUCACUUGCAAACUCUGCCUGUGUGAACAGUCUUUGGACAAGAUGACCACACUCCAGGAAUGCCGGUGCAUCUUUUGCACAGCUUGCCUGAAACAGUACAUGCAGCUGGCAAUCCGAGAUGGAUGUGGGUCUCCCAUCACUUGCCCUGACAUGGUGUGCCGAAACCACGGGACCCUGCAGGAAGCUGAGAUUGCCUGUUUGGUACCUGUGGAUCAGUUUCAGCUUUAUCAGCGGUUAAAAUUUGAGCGAGAAGUUCACCUGGACCCCCACCGAACAUGGUGUCCUGUCGCAGACUGUCAGACAGUGUGCCCUGUUGCAGCAGGUGACCCGGGACAGCCUGUGCUGGUGGAGUGCCCUUCCUGCCACCUGAAGUUCUGCUCAUGUUGCAAGGAUGCUUGGCAUCCUGAGGGCUCCUGCAGAGACAGUCAGCCCAUCAUCUUGCCAACAGAACACGGGGCCCUCUUUGGGACGGAUGCAGAUGCCCCCAUUAAGCAGUGUCCAGUUUGCCGGGUUUAUAUCGAACGCAAUGAAGGCUGUGCUCAGAUGAUGUGCAAGAACUGCAAACACACGUUUUGCUGGUACUGUCUGCAGAACCUGGACAGUGACAUUUUCCUCAGACAUUAUGACAAAGGACCAUGUAGGAAUAAGCUUGGCCAUUCAAGAGCCUCAGUGAUAUGGAACCGAACACAGGUGGUUGGGAUUCUUGUGGGGUUGGGCAUCAUUGCCUUGGUGACUUCACCUUUGCUGCUUCUGGCUUCCCCGUGUAUAAUCUGUUGUGUCUGCAAGUCCUGCCGGGGCAAGAAGAAAAAGCAUGACCCAUCCACAACCUAAAGAUCUCUGUCUCUAUUUGUGUCUGUGUGCCACACAUGUCUUAUACAUACAAGACAACACAGUGAUAAAGCCCCACUUAGUGAACUCGCCUCCUUUUUCUUGCCAAAUUUUGGAAGUGCCUCUGUGUCCAGACUUUGAACUGGCCUACCCACCUGUGGCAUCAGGAAAGGCCAAGCACUGGUGUGUGUGUUCCUGUGUAAAGACAGUCGGGUUCUGCAGUCCAGGUUGUGUCUGUGGAGCAUGUCAGAAGAACCUUCAGGUUCUUGGGAAGGAACUAACACAUCAUCAUUCUAUCACCUGAAGGAUCCCACUGGACUGCUCGACUUCCAGCCAGAUUCAAGGAGCCUGAGUGAAUGUUCAAUAUAAUAAAGGUGUUGUCAUGGUUGGCAAUAUACAUGAUCAUUGAGAAGCUCGAGUGUGUUCUGUAUUGUUUGACUACCAUGGGAAACGUGGGGGAAAACCCAUGGACAAGACUGUUUCGGGGAAAAUUUUCGUAAGAGUGAUAAAGCAGGCUGCUUAUCUUAGGACUCGAUGUGGUGGCUCUGCCCUUGCCAGCUACUGGGUGUGCUUUCCCAGCAUCCCCACAGUGACUUGGCAGAAGCACAAUGGGUUUCUGCUUGUGUGAUCUCAGCUUCAAGCAGGAGAAACUUCUGUGCAGAGGAAGUUGUCCCUUCCCACUAAAAGGGUUUCGACAUACAAAAAAUAUGGUCUAGUUCAGUCUGUCUCUCAGCAAGUGUAACUUUUUAAAGGUGGUAAACCCUUCUCUUAUAGCCAGUAGCUGCUGUCUACACACUUGUUUUACAUGAAGGAUUUGGGUGCAGUGGCAGAGGUUCAAAACCUUCGUCAUAAAUAAGAGGGACCUUUCUUAGCUCUGUGUUCGUACACCCAACGGAUGUAGAAUCAGACCUAAAGGUACACACCAAGCCCUUAGGUGCAUCUAGAACCCAUAUAACUUUCUGCCUACCUAGAAUUCCUAUCCAUUGGGCAUGCCUGGAUAUGAAUGCAAAAUCAUAGUGUGUAUUAUUGCACGCAAUAGUACAACACACAAAAUAAAUGUCUAUGUAAAAGCCA